AUGGCGACUUCAUCUUUAGCUUUCCCUUCUCUCCACAACCUGAAUCUUGAUGUACCCAAGACAAACCCACGUCGACGCGCCACCGCUGUCCGACUGAUCACUGCCUCCAUCAAAGACUCUGUUCCAGUUCCACCUCUUUCUGCCACCUCGGCGGAUGUAGCUCCCACCGUCAGCGGCAAUUCCACCACCAAUCUCCCUCUCCGGCAAGUCCCUGGCUCUUACGGCAUUCCAUUCUUUCAACCCCUUAAAGAUCGAUUUUGA